CAUAUAUAUGCAUGAUGCUAUGCACGCAUGCGUAGUACAAGAUAGAUGUGAAACGUAUGUGAAGAUAUCUAAUUGUGAUUAAAAUCUGAAAAGAAUAUACGGAUUACAAUGGCAACAGACAAGGUUAUAACCGAAGAAGUUACAGCAAGUAUUUCGUCCAACGAAUCUAAGGAACAAAUAUCAAAGAAUGAUGAUAAUGCAAAUGUCCUACCUUUGAAAGAGGUAGAAAUGAAAUCUUAUAGAAGUAAAGAUAAAGAGUCAUCAAGCGAAGAAAGUAGCGAAGAAAGUAGUAGUGAAGAUGAACCUAGUAUUAAAACUGAACCACCUACUCCUAAAAAUAAUAAUAAUGAUAAAAAUAUACAACAUAUGGGAAUCAGAAAGAAAAGAGGCAUUAAAAGUGAAUGCGAGAACUUACCACCUGUAGAAGAUAUAAAAAUUAGUAUGCCUGAAGUAUUAUGUGAUCCAGUAGGAAAGGUUGCAUGGAUGGUUGACCAAUUAGUAGUUGUCCAGCCGAAGCUAGAGAAGCCAGCUUUAGAUUUAGAUACAAUCUUAUUUGUUGAUAAAGGGAAAAGGGCAUUGGGUAAAAUAUUUGAUGUUUUUGGAACUGUGAAUGCACCCUAUUACUGUGUCAGGUUCAACAGUGCAGAACACAUUCAACAAGCUAACAUUAAAGUUGGCAUGGUUGUUUAUUAUUGUCCAAAUACAGCACAUACAUCUUUAAUACCAUUGUUUCAGUUACUAAAAAUAAAAGGCGUAGAUGCAACUCCAUCUGAGACACCACAAUUUUCUGAUGAUGAGAAAGAGAUGGCUUAUUACGGAAUAAAAAACCCAAUGCAAUCAAUUGAGUUACCAGACGCAGAUGCAAAUUCAGAUGGAGCCCCGGAAUUGCCUGCUGAUGAGGAAAACCAGCCUUCUUCUGAAAAAAUAGAACAAAAGGAACAAUCUUCUAAAAUGGAUGCAAAGGAUCUAUGAAGAUGGCGUCUACAUUCCACACAAUCUAUUUGUUGAUUUAAACUGUAAACUGAAAAUAUAGAAAUAUGAUUUAAUAAGGAAA